AUGGACAAUCUUGGUUCUUUCGGAGGCAACGUCGCCGACGUUUUCAAGUGCACUCAUUGCAUCUUCACGGGCAGUGACGAAGCGGCGCUUGCAGAACACCUGCAAGUGGUCCAUGCGGUUCCGAUAUCCGAUUCGGAGCAAGCAGGUUACCAGUGCCAGUCCUGCCUGUCCUCGUUUUCGCGCCACGACGAACUGCUGCAACACCUUCAGAAGCACGUCGGAUCGGGCGUCCUCGAGUGCUUCCUCUGCACCAAAAGAUACUCGACUCAGGCGCACCUCGUGCGGCACAUCAAGACGACGCACAGCCGAACCAAAAGCUUCGCCUGCCACCUGUGUCCGAGCGUGUUCUCGCGCAAGGACAGCCUGUGCACGCACAUUCGGAAGAACCAUACGCAGCUUGCCAAGAGAUGA